AUGUCCGCCACAGUUCCCCCCGUCGUUAUUCCAGCAUCAGCGAAUAACAUUAUUGUCAACACCUCACAGCGCGGGAAUCCUGUUUUGGAGUGUGUUAGAAAUGUUGGUAAAGAGUUUGGAGACAUUGUGGCUGAUUACCAAGUUGGAAGGACGACGGGCGUCCUGUUUCUCAGGCAAGAUCCCCUAUUCGAGGAGGCAGGACAUUAUUUAACAACAUACAAGCAAUAUGAAUUUAAAUCGCCAGAACUCAUCAAAGAACGUGCAGAAAAGGAUUAUCGUUCAAUACUACGCUCAGCGCUGAUUUCGAUCAGUAAAGUAAAUAAGACAGACGUAGAGACACUCCGUACCUCAUUUGGCAGUUUUGGUAACAUAUCAAAGGCGACAUCAGGACAACUUCACAACCUGCCUGGAUUCGGUCAAGUCAAGGUGAAGAAUAUAAAGAAUGCAUUCGAGAAACCGUUUAGAAAUCAAGCCACGGGCUCGCUCAUCUCGUUGUCUUCACAAGCAGGACCCCAAUCACAUACAGGUUCGGGUAUGAAUGGUUCCCAAGCAAGGCGAGAGGGCAGCCCUGUGUGGGACAUUGAAUUGGAUUUAGACAAUGGCUCAGACGAGCUCGAGAAUAUGGCCCCAAUAAAGAAACAUGGAGACAAGACUUAA